CGCGCUCAAGACUCGUAUGGGUACGGAAAGUCAGAGCAGGGGAUUUGGGGAUCACUUGUCAACUAGUGUGCAAUCUCUGGUUUGAUUCUAGCUUAGGAUAACGUAGACAUGUCGGGGGAUAACGAAGAAACACAGACGGCAGAGGAGACAUCAGUGGACGAGAAGGACAUCCAGGACAAGAUGAUCAGUCCUGAGAAGGCAGAGGAGGCCAAGCUGAAGGCCAGAUAUCCAAAUUUAGGAAACAAACCCGGAGGCUCUGAUCUGCUCCGUAAACGCCUUCAGAAGGGGCAAAAGUACUUUGACUCCGGCGAUUACAACAUGGCUAAAGCAAAGAUAAAGAACAAACAGUUGCCGACAGCUGCACCAGAGAAGACCGAGAUCACAGGAGACCACAUCCCCACCCCCCAGGACCUGCCCCAGAGGAAACCAUCUCUGGUAGCCAGCAAACUGGCAGGCUGAUCCACACACAGCCCCUGAAGUACCCUGCCCCUCCUCUCGGUUCCCAGCCCUUACCCUUUCCACUCAAGUCUCAGAGCUGUAAUAUUACCUCUCCUGCCCCUCACAUUACCACCUGUCCCAUGCCUUUACCCCCUCCCCACCAAGUCUAGACCCAACCCUACAGGAACCCCCCCACCUAUCAGCACCCUGAAAUCCUUUUCAUUUUUGUUUCCACCCGUCUUACCCUGUCACGACUACCUCCCCCGAACUUAAUACCCCCUCUGUCAUUGUCCUCUUACAGUACUUUUCCCACGUUCCUUUUUUUAUUUUCCUCGUUACUUCCAUGUAAGAUACUCAUAAAGACAGGACAUCCAAGUGUGAGUGUGAUGAGCAGACUGCGAUGCGUCCUUUACGAUUGCGUUAUUUUAACGCUGAAGAGAGGAGCCAGCAGAAGAAGCUGUGUUUGGAGGGCUUCAGUAAGGUCAUCAGGAUCCCUCAGUUUGGAAGUUUGUGUAAAUAUAUAUAUUUCCUUUUGUUUGGCACAAGGGCAGACAUCAGCCUUUUAGAAUGUUUUACAUCAGAUUUGUAUCAUUCACUGUAUGUCCUUAUUCUAAAUUAUGCUGUCAAUAUGCUUGAGUGAUUGAAUAUAAUAAUCCAGAGGCCAAGCUUAGUUUUGUUCAUUUUUAAAUUGUAAAUCAGGGGGAAAAGCCGUGCUAAAGGACCACACAGUGAUGGACAGUGUCAUAUGGAUCUGCAUGUGUGAUAUAAAGGAGAUUCUCAAUCAGCUCCAUUUUAGCACCCCAUCUAGCACAAAUGUAUACACAGAUGCUGAAAAGCUUAGGUGCAGCAUAAACACACUGAGGGUCAUCACACACCAGGUGCAUUCAAGACGUCUUGAAACUAGGACAUUUAAAAAAGAAAGGGAGGGGGAGGGUGUUCUUAGUUUGAACAGUUGUUGGAAGUUUACAUUGUAUUUGUGGUGUGUGGAACAUUUUAGCCUCAGAUGACAGCAUAGCCGCCUUCUCAGGCCAAAGUCUGGUUCCAGGUUGUCAUGAAUGAACCAUCAUGCUCCAAAAUGGAGUUUAAUGGACCUGAGAGCCUAAAUCCUGUGAGUAGAGACCAGUCUUCAUAUCCUGUAUCAUAUGAGACUUGUUUCAUGGCUGAGUUAUACUGGGAACAGCUCUUGGCACUGGGAACAAGAAAUGUUUUGAAUUGUGCUAAGCUCUGAACAAAAAACCCUAUUCUCAUAAGUUGAGAUAGUUUGAUUCUAAAAAGAUCUUGGCCAAGUAAAGUGCUUUUCCAAACUCUGCAAUGACUGAAUGAUGUUUAUCUGCGAUGUGGUAAAUCUAAGCUAGCACUACAUCUUUAUGAGCUGUGCAUGUUUAUGGCUGCCCUGCUGUCACUUUGUGCCAUUUUGUUUUGUAAAUAAAAUAGUUUUGCACAAAUGUU